ACAAAGCCACGUGGCCCCCGACGCGUCAUUCCAGGCGCCAAAAUUUCCUCAGAGCGCGAGGCGCGACGACGACGACGACGACAUCGGCGACAUCGACGAGCGCAGCGAUGGCCGAGGACUUUUCAGCGGGGUGGCAGCUCACAGAGUCUGACCCAGGUGUCUUCAGCGAACUGCUGAAACGCCUAGGCGUCCCACUCGUCGUCGACGACCUCUACUCGCUCGACGCCGAGUCGCUCGCAGAGCACCAGCCCGUCCGCGCGUUCAUUUUCCUCUUCCAAUGGGUCCAGACGCACCCCGACAGCAUGACCGGCGAGUACGACCGCGACUUCCCCGGCUUCUUCGCGCACCAGGUCGUGAACAACGCGUGCGCGACCCUCGCCGUCCUGAACGCGAUCGGAAACAUGCCCGCGCUCGAGAUGGGCCCGCAGCUCAAGGAGAUGAUGGAGUUUUCCGCCGGAAUGGACCCCCAGACGACCGGCAUGGUCAUCACCAGCUCGGACUGGCUCCGCGAGGCCCACAACGCGCUCUCGCCCCCGUCCGCCAUCUCGCUCGACGAUCCGAGCAUGAAAAAGACCGCAGAAGAGGCCUACCACUUUGUCGUCUACAUGCCGCACAUGGGAAGCAUCUACGAGCUCGACGGUCUCAACGAGCACCCAAUACGACAUGGCUCUUACGAUGAGUCUGGAGAGGGCUGGACUGCCAAAGCGCGAGAAAUCAUUCAGCAAAGAAUAGCGACAUACCCACCUGGACAGCUGCAAUUCAACCUUCUCGCCGUCCACGACGACCCAAUACCGAUCCUCCAGAAGCAGCUGUCCGAAGCGCAGGCUGCAAGUAACGCCGUUCUGGCUGGUCAGAUUGCUGCUAGACUAGAGCGGGAGAAUCACAAGCGUCAACAAUGGGCUUUCGAGAACAGCCUUCGUAGACAUAACCACAUCGGCUUCAUCCACGCACUGCUUACAGCCCUCGCAAAGGCAGGCAAGCUCGACGAGGCAAAGGAGAACGCCAAGAAGGCGCUCGCAGAGCGCAGAGCCAAGCGCGGCGACUCCAUGGACGAAGACUAGCAUGCCACUGUCUCUUGGUAUCAUGUCCUCCGCUCCCAAGUCGUAUACGCUUUGACUUAGGGCCUCUGCCACUAUUGUACAUCGUUAAUCCCCCAUCGGAUGCAAUCAAUCGCAUAUAUAUCUAG